UCCUCUGCCACAUGGAACCAAGGAAUGAUACCCAAAUUUCAGAAUUUCUUCUUCUGGGAAUAUCAAAUGAACCAGAACUGCAGCCCCUUAUAUUUGGGCUUUUCCUCUCCAUGUACCUGAUCACUGUGUUUGGGAACCUACUCAUUUUCCUGGCCAUCAUCUCAAACCCUCAUCUCCGCACACCUAUGUACUUUUUCCUCUCCAACCUGUCCUUUGUCGACAUCUGUUUCACCUCUACCACCAUCCCAAAAAUGUUAUGGAACAUCCAUAUGCAGAGCAAAGGUAUAACAUACGCAGGCUGCAUCAGCCAAACAUACUUUUUACUACUCUUUGCAGGGUUGGAUGACUUUCUCCUGACCGUGAUGGCCUAUGAUCGCUUUGUGGCCAUCUGCCGCCCCCUGCACUACACAGUCAUCAUGAACCCCUGGCUCUGUGGUUUGCUAGUUCUGGUGUCCUGGAUGAUGAGUGCCCUGAAUUCCUUGAUACAAACCUUAAUGACAUUGCGGUUGUCCUUCUGUAGAGUCUUGGAAAUCCCUCAUUUUUUCUGUGAACUCAACCAGGUGGUCCGAGGUGCCUGUUGUGACACCUUCCUUAAUGACAUAAUGGUGUUCAUUGCAGCUGGGCUGCUGAGUGGUGGUCCAUUCAUUGGAAUACUUUACUCAUAUUCUAAGAUAGUUUCUUCAAUACGAGGAAUCUCAUCAACUCAGGGAAAGUAUAAAGCAUUUUCCACCUGUGUCUCUCACCUUUCAGCUGUUUCCUUAUUUUAUGGUACAAUCCUAGGAGUGUAUCUUAACCCUGCUGAUGCCCACAGCUCAUACAACAGCAUAACAACCUCGGUGAUGUACACUGUGGUCACACCCCUGCUGAACCCUUUCAUUUAUAGUCUGCGGAACAAAGACAUAAAGGGGGCUCUCAGACGAUUCAUUGGACUAUAAAUGAAGCAAUUAUCCUGGGGCAAAGAAAUGCUCAUGAUUGCUGGGCUCAAAUAAAUGG